AUGAAUUUAUUGAAUAUCGCUAAACAUCUUGUUUAUUUAACUCAAACUGAAUAUGGAUAUGAACAUUCUGCUAUUACUACUGAUGAAAUUUGUGCUUCCAAGCAGUUGUUCGAGGUUCUGAGGUCAUUCAAAGAUAGCUAUUUCAGUGAAAUUCAUACUUAUGAUACUCUCGAAUUAGCUGAUGAAUAUGAUGAAUUAACUGAUGAUAAAGAAACCGAUGAUAAAUAUGAAGAAACAACCGAUCAAGAAGAAGAUAGUGAUAGUGAAGCUGAUGAUUAUAAUGAGAAUGAACACUAUGAUAUAAAAAAUCAUUUUACAUUAGAAGAAAUGGAAAAUAUAAUCGAAUGGGUUGAUGAACAUCCAAAUGCUAGAUUUACAACUAUUUCUCAUAGAUUUCGGAAAAUCAAAUCCAUGAAAACAAUUGAAAAAGAAGCUGUUCAUGAUGAUGAUUUAGAACUUUACGCAAUUCAAAAAGCAAGAGAAUUAGAUUGGGAUACAUUCAAGGCAAGCAAAUCCUUUAUCAAUACUUUUAAAAUAGAAAAUGGCAUAUCAUCGCGACGAACAACAGAAGUGGCUAUUAAAAGAAAGCACAAUGUCACUCAUUCCUAUACAGUGCAACCUGUUACAUCAGCUGCUGGUCGAUUACUGAACAAAUUCUUACUUGUUCUUCAAGAAAGAGAACAUGAAUUUGGCGGACAGCAAAAAAUCGUACAAUCGUACGCACGAACAAAAAUGCAGGCGUGGCUCAUACAACUCUACUACAGAUUCACCACUUAUCAAGCUGGUCUUGUCAAGCAUUCUUUACCAGUCAAUCAAGAUGGAACUGCUGUGUUCAGUUACAGUGAGAAAGGUUCUAAGAUUGAUGGACAACUGACGAUAGUUUUCGUUCAUGGACUAUCGUCAAACAAGGAAACAUGGCUUCCCAUUGUCAAGAACAUUCCUAAUAAUUAUCACUGUAUCACCGUUGAUCUGCCUGCACAUGGUGAAACAGUUGGAUUGAAUGAAAAACAUUAUUCUAUUGACAAGUUUGUGGAUGCACUCAAACUGUUUUUCGACAGAAAACAUCUCACUGAUCCUAUGUGCAUCAUUGGUGCAUCAAUAGGCGGUGCCAUUGUUUCAAUGUUUGCUGUUAAAUAUCCAAGUUAUGUGAGUAUGAUCUGUUUGUUAGCCCCUCCUGCCAGUGAACAAUGUGAAACUGAUUUGAUACAACAAUUACGUUCAGGUGUAUACAGUGCGCUCUUACCGGAAACACCUGAACAACUCUAUGCUAUGAUCAAUACACUAACAGUGAAAAAGAUCAAUUUACCUCGACCAUUUCUGAACGGUUUCCUUCAUCUGAGAUUACGUCUACUCGAGGAACAUAAAAAAGUGUUAUCUUCACUUCUUGAAUAUGACUAUCCACAUCUUGAAGAAUAUUAUCAGAAACUACGACAAAUGGACAAGCCAACCUUGAUUCUUUGGGGUCGUCAAGAUCGAGUGUAUACCGCUGAAGGAGCUGAAUACUUUAUGAAAUUAUUACCGAAGGCGGAAAAGAAUGUUUUCGAAGACUGCGGUCAUUUUAUGGCUAUUGACAAGCCCGAAGAAACAGCAAAAAACAAAGUGCGUCAAGCACUUGAUGCUGAAGACGCACCGUCAAUCGAACAAUUGAACGAAAUGCAACCAAACGGUAGUACAGCAUUACACGCAGCCACAUUUUACGAACAUCGAGAUAUUGUGAAACUUUUACUUGAUCGAAAUUGCCCUCGAACAGAACUAAAUCGUUUCGGUCGUACUGCUUACGAAGAGGCACGAAGUCCUGAAAUGAAACAAUUAUUUGAACGAGCAGAUCCUACUGGUCGUUUUCAUGAGUUGGAUGUAGCUCAUGCAAUCGCUGUCUAUUUGCCAGAAGAAAACGAUAGAGAUCCAGCAGCAAAUGAAACACAACAUUUUGUACAAGUUUUUAAAACAGAAGAAGAAAUUUUCCAACAUACACUCAAUCAACAAACAACAGCAAUGUGGCUGAAAUUUUACAAUUGGUUCUCGCAUACAUUUCGUGCAUUUAUCGAACGUGACGAUUUUCAUAUUGAUCAGUUUGAUCUGUUGAAACACGGCGAUUUUCAACAGUUUCUCAAAUCCAAUUUGUCGGAUCCAGUUCACUAUCAACUCACGAUCAGAUCAGUCAAUGAAGCCCAACGACGCAACUCCAUUGAACCAUUAAUUACAUUAUAUACUAAUGAACUAGCCGGUUUCUAUCGUCCAUUCAACCAGCAAUUGACUCGUUCGACAAACGAUGCUGCAAAAAGUCCUCACUUAUGUGACCGAUUCAUCCUCGAGUUUUAUAUUCGCCGUCAUGAACUCAAACAACGCGCAUUUACAGGCACCGUCUAUCGUGGUGCUACGUUGCCUGUAGCCGAUUUAACUGUGUAUGAACAUGCUUUGUCUAGUGAUCCGCCAGGUGUUCUCGGUCUCAAAGCAUUUACGUCGACAUCAACAGAUCCACUUGUUGCUCUCAGAUUUGCAACUAGAAAUCCACCAACUGCUGAUCAGAAGAACGUUCUAUUCGUUUUUGAGAUACAGAAAGCAACAUCAACUAUUUUUGGUAUCGAAGAUGUUUCUCAAUAUAUUCAUGAGCAUGAAGUGCUCGUUCUACCAGGCAAUUUAUUCAUUGUUACAAAAAUUCAAGAAGAUCCAGAUCUCCAUGUUACUACAAUUUAUCUGCUGGUUCGUGGACGUGGUCGUGGUCGUGCAUAUACAAGAGGCCCUGGUAGCAGAGGUGGUCGUGGAUACACAAGAGGUUUUGGUAGCAGAGGUGGUCGUAGAUAUGCACGUGGACGUGGUCAAUCUUUUGGAGGUCGAAGAUUACAAAAUGAACGGUCAGAUCCCAUGGAUGUUAAUGAUCAACAAACAGUAUCAGUCAAUUUCUUAGCCGAUCUUGAUAUCAAUGCUGAUCCAAAACCAUUUUUUGUGAAUGCAAAUGUUACUCUAGAUCAGCAUAUUCAAGCACAAACGACAAACUUGCCUCGUUAUCUAGCCGCGUUAUUUACACUCAAUGAAAACAGUAUUGAGAUCGGUCAGAAAGCUAAAGCAUGUGCAUUGGCUGCUGCUUGGUGUCGACAUGAUCACAUUUUAGCUAAUAAUCUUUUACGUUAUCGACGAUUAUUCACUCUGACUGAAGUACUGAAAGCAGUAAUGAUGUUAGAUGCUGGUCGACAACUUCGUGUUCAUGAAAAACAAAUAAAACGUCUUGAAUUAAAUAAAUCAAAACCAAAAGCAACAACAUUGGGUAAAAUGAAAAAUCAUAUCGAUAAUCUUAGUAGGCUCAAAGCAUCAACUGGAUCAGUCAGUGGUGCUAUGGUUCGACAUAUUCAGCGUUGGACUCGAACAUUAACUCGACAGGAACUUGAAUAUUUUGCACUUCAUAUGCCAACAGAACCAUGGAGGAAAUUAGCCAAUAUCAUUCAUUUUAAUCCAAGCAAGGAUUUUCCUGCUUUACCAUGGUUUUUACCAUUUUGCUUUGGUACACCAGCACCAGAAGAAACAAUGGUAGCACGUUGUCGAACUUUAACAAAUGAAAAUGUGAAUGAUCUAAUUAAAGAAUUUAAAAUUCCUUAUUCACACUUAAAACAAUUUAAAGAUCAUUUAAAUGAUAGAUCAAAAGCAAGAAUCGCAGCGUACGAAGAGAAAUUAGAUACAAUUUUAUGGUAUUAUGAAGAUUUGCAAUGUCCUGAUGUUGAUGACAUUAUCUAUGAAAGACUAGAAAAUGGUGAAGAAAUAAGUUUACCAUACGGUAAACUUAUGGAACGUCUGUUAAUUCUUCGAAAGUUGAGAGAUACUCCAAGUGAAACAGCGGCCGUUGGUAAUGUUCAAGAUGAAAAUUUAGUACAAUCGAGCAAAAAUAAAUGCUACUCUUACUUAUUAUCAGUUGCUGAAAGUCAACUUGCAAAAAUAAUAUUACCACUAGAAUCACCAGUAGCUGUCAUGGGUGAUGCAUCAUAUUCAAUGGAUGUUGCUAUUCGUACAGCGACAAUCUUAGCAUCUUUAUUAACGACAGUUUGCUCAGCUAAAUUGAAUUUUUUCCAUACUGGAAUGUUUUUACCAGCAUUUACACCGAAAACUAUUGAUGAUGUUCUUACAUUAGCAUUGACAACAAAAGCUCACGGUUUAACAGCCAAUGCUGCUGGUUUAGUAUCAUAUUAUGAUAAUAAAGAAAUCAUUAAAACAUUUAUCAUGGUAACAGACGAAAUAGAAAAUACAGAUGUUCAUACGGCUGACGGCACACCAACACGAUUCUUUAAUUUAUUUAUGAAAUAUCGUUCAGAAGUUUAUCCAGCUAAAUUAGUAUUUAUUUCCUUCCUUGAUAAUCAACAUGAUCAAGGUCAAAUGUACACAGAAUUUCUAACAGCAAAUGUACCAGAUGUAAUUCAAUUCAAAUUCAAUGGACAACGUCCUGAUUUAACAAAAAUCGAUAGUCUCUUGGGUCUAUUAUCGACUGACUCAUCACAAACAUUUAAUGAUCAAUUAGAAAAACUACAGAAUGAAUUUGAACAAAGUGAUAUUGAAUCAGUUGUGACGAAUUUAGUUAAUAAACAAGCGAACAAUUCGCCUCCAAACGAAGUAUAA